AUGGCGGUGGUGGAAUCCUACAAAAGAAGAGUCCCCAAGGGCUACGCGAAAAAGCCCAAGAGGAAUAGCAAAGCCUAUCACAAGGGAAAAGAUGGCAAGUACUAUACCUACCAAGAUUUGUCGGUGGCCAAUCGGCGGUAUCUCCACCAGAAAUUUGAAUUGGACAAGAUUGAGGCCAUGAACAAGGAGAAUGCCAGCAGGAACAAGAACCAACGGAGCAAUAAGAAACAAACUCAAAGCAAUAAGACGGCCCCAUCUCGAUUGUCCGCCCGUCUCCGUUCCGUGGCACCAUCCAAUCCACAAGGAUUAGUAGAAGACGACUUGCCAAAAGUUUCUAGUAAAAAGAGUAGUAAGCUUAGUCACCGCGCGGUCGAGUUGACCGACGAAGAUCGAGCCAAACUGGAGCAUUUGCCCAAUUGGGUGAACCAAUUCCAAGAUUUCUUGGUCCAAGUAGACCAUAUCUCAGAGACCAACUGUCGAAGAGCUAUGCGACAAGUGGAGAAAAUGGCCACCGGUGUCGGUAUCACCUAUCGUCACUGGGAGAAAGGUAUCUGGUUCUAUCGAGGUACCCAGAUUGAUCCCUCGUUUGAUUUUGACAAACUAUACGAUGAAGCCGUAGAGUUGGAACGCGAGCACGGAAAGGAUCUGGGCAAUGGAUGGCUCAUGAGACAUCCUCUCGUCAAACUCAAGAAGUUUCAACAGUACCUGUACUUGAAACAGUCGGAGAAAGGCAAGGACUCGGAAGGCUCCGGUUAA